GGCUUCUCCAUAGACCACACCCUGGAGAGCUCCGCCCCCAGACACGCCCCGCGGCGCAUUGUGGGAUCUGUCAGCCCUUCCGGAGCCUGACGCGGCGCUAGGUCAUGGGGAUCCAGCCGAGCCCGGUCCUGCUAGCCUCUCUAGGGGUGGGGCUGCUUACUCUGUUCGGACUAGCUGUGGUUACCUAUCUGGUUCGAAGAUCCCGCCGGCCCCAGGUCACUCUCCAGGACCCGGAUGAGAAGUACCUGCUGCGCUUGUUAGACAAGACGACUGUGAGCCACAACACCAGGAGGUUCCGCUUUGCCCUGCCCACCGCCCACCACAUUCUGGGACUACCUGUGGGCAAGCAUGUCUACCUCUCUGCUCGAAUUGAUGGCAGUCUGGUCAUCAGGCCUUACACUCCUGUCACCAGUGAUGAAGACCAAGGCUAUGUGGAUCUUGUCAUCAAGGUUUAUUUAAAAGGUGUGCAUCCCAAAUUUCCUGAAGGAGGGAAGAUGUCUCAGUACCUGGAUAGCCUGAAGAUUGGGGAUGUGGUGGAGUUUCGGGGGCCAAGUGGGUUGCUCAGUUAUGCUGGAAAAGGGAAUUUUAACAUUCAGCCCAACAAAAAGUCUCCACCUGAACUGCGAGUGGCAAAGAAAUUGGGAAUGAUUGCUGGUGGGACAGGAAUCACCCCAAUGCUGCAGCUAAUCCGGGCCAUCUUGAAAGUCCCUGAAGAUCCAACCCAGUGCUUUCUGCUUUUUGCCAACCAGACUGAAAAGGACAUAAUCCUACGGGAGGACCUAGAGGAACUUCAGGCCCAAUAUCCCAACCGCUUUAAGCUCUGGUUCACUCUGGAUCAUCCCCCAGAAGAUUGGACGUACAGCAAGGGUUUUGUGACUGCUGACAUGAUCCAGGAGCACCUGCCUGCCCCAGCAGAUGACGUGCUACUGCUACUCUGCGGGCCACCGCCUAUGGUACAGCUGGCCUGCCAUCCUAACUUGGACAAGCUGGGCUAUUCACAAAAGAUGCGAUUCACCUACUGAGCAUCUCAACCUGCCUCCACAUAUGCAGUUGUCCCUAGUCAGUCCUUGACCACCAUGAGGCCUAGAGCCUUUGCUAAGAGCAUCAGCCUUUUGUGUCUCAUCCUGGAACCUGGAUGCUUGAAGAAGUGACACUCCUCUGGCUAUGGUAUAGGCAGGUCAGGCUGAGUCACUUCCUGGAAGCCUCCCUUAUCCUAAUCUCCAUGUGGUAAAAGGUCCAGAUGAAGCACAUAAGGCACAGUCUCUUCUGUAGGGCCAGGAAGAAGAGAGCCUGUACAUUUGUCAUAAGGCUGGCUAGUCCCUGAGAACAUCAUGGGCUCACCUUCUUCGUGUCUGUGAUGAAGGGAAUGGAAAAGGUACAAUACAUUUUGCUCAAUAUUCAACUCUACUGCUUAUGUGAGCACAGGUUGAGUGGGCUUAUAGACAUAGUCCUACAGAAAGUGAAGGAAAGGAAUUAUUUUCCAGAACUCUAAGCCUCAGAGAAAGGAGUCUGACCACAUAUUUGCAUGUGUAUCUCUCAGCCCUUGCCCAGGCUAGAGUGAAGUGGUUACCCACAAUUUAUGAUUGCUGCUUGUAAAAGGAGUAGAGCCCUGGCUGUUCAAAUAAAUGGAGCUGAGGCCCUGAUGAUCUCAA